GCAUGGCUUUGGCAUCAUCGUCUGGCCCGACGGGGCCCGGUACGAGGGCCAGUGGCGGGACAACAGGGCGCACGGCGUCGGGCGCUUCACCCACUGCGACGGCGACUCAUACACGGGCGAGUGGCAGUCCAACGUUGCGCACGGCAAGGGCACGUACCACCACAAGGACCUCACCAGCUAUCGUGGCGAGUGGGCUUGCGACGUGCAGGAGUGGGAGAGCCCCCUUCUGCGGACCAAUGAGGGACAUGGGGUGGAGACGUGGGCGGAGGGCACCCGCUACGAGGGCCGGUUCCGCAGCGGACAGAAGGAGGGCCACGGCAUCUACUUCUGGCCAGACGGCUCCCAGUACCGUGGCGCCUGGAGGGCGAACACCAUCGACGGGCCUGGCGUCUACACCGGGUGCGACGGCCGCACAUACCGGGGCACGUGGCGGGACUCCGUGAUCCACGGCCGCGGCACCUACGCCUGGCCGAACGGCCGCGAGUAUUCCGGGGAGUACCAGUUCGACCAGAAGGAAGGCUUCGGGGUGUUCAGGUGGCCAGACGGCAAGAGGUUCGAAGGCUUCUGGUCGAACGGGCAGCAGCACGGGCACGGCCGCUCGGUGCUGAAGGACGGCACCGUGAGGGCGGCCGUGUGGCGCGACGGGAGGCACGUCGGCCUGCUCCAGCAGAGCAUAACCGAGGACAGCCUAUCCUGA